ACACCGACAGUGGAAGCUCCGCGACUGACGGAAGCUGGGCGUUUCUCCUGCCGAUGCGCGGACAGACUGCAGGGUAGAAGGCUGGCUAGAGACACAAUCAUAGCCACCCUCGGGGAACCCGCCUACCCACAGCUGUUAGGCUUCACAGGCGAGAGGUUCAAGUCCCACAGACCGGGGUUGCCGGAAACGGAAAGCCUUGAGCGAGCAGGCGAUUGGACACAGACCGGAAGUCGGAAGCUGUGUGUGGCGGCGUCCGCGAUGGCUGAGGCGGCGGGUGUCGCAGCGGAAUUCUUUGCGGGCCACAGGGCCCGGGCGGCGCGCGCGGUUCUAGAUCAGGUGGUGUUACCGGGUGAAGAGCUGCUGCUGCCGGAGCAGGAGGACGGAGAAGGCCCAGGGGGUGCAGGGGAGCGACCGCUGCGUCUGAACGCCGGGGCGCGCUCCCGUGUGCGCGUGGUUUGCGGCCCAGGCUUGCGGCGCUGCGGCGACCGGCUGCUGGUCACCAAGUGCGGCCGCCUCCGUCACAAAGAGCCCGGCGGCGGCGGCGGCGGUGGUGGCGUUUACUGGGUGGACUCGCAGCAGAAGCGGUAUGUCCCAGUGAAAGGAGACCAUGUGAUUGGCAUAGUGACAGCUAAGUCGGGAGAUAUUUUCAAAGUUGAUGUUGGAGGGAGUGAGCCAGCUUCUUUGUCUUACUUGGCAUUUGAAGGUGCAACUAAAAGAAACAGACCAAAUGUGCAGGUUGGAGAUCUCAUCUAUGGCCAAUUUGUAGUUGCUAAUAAAGAUAUGGAACCAGAGAUGGUCUGUAUUGACAGCUGUGGACGAGCCAACGGAAUGGGUGUGAUUGGACAGGAUGGUCUGCUUUUUAAAGUGACUUUGGGCUUAAUUAGAAAGCUGCUAGCUCCAGACUGUGAAAUCCUACAAGAAGUGGGAAAACUCUACCCACUGGAGAUAGUAUUUGGAAUGAAUGGGAGAAUAUGGGUUAAGGCAAAAACCAUUCAGCAGACUUUGAUUUUGGCAAACAUUUUAGAAGCUUGUGAACACAUGACAGCAGAUCAAAGAAAACAGAUCUUCUCCAGAUUGGCAGAAAGUUGAUCUUUGUGGGCAUUUUUAUGUGUCAGUUGAGCCAAGAGACAAUGGGUUUUCUAGGGGAAAUGUUUCUCAGGUGAACCUCUCUCCAUUAAAUCUUCAGAAGACAAGAUGUGAAUGUACGUAUUGUCUUAUGAGAGUCCUAAAUAAAAUAUUUUUAUAAAAAAGUUACUGGUUGCGACCCAUGUUCUUGUGAGUGGGAAAGUCAUUAUAAAAUAAUGAUGUGGUUUUUUGUUUUUUACAGUGAAGUUUACAAAAAGUUA